AUGCAAAACACUACAAUCAAUAAACCAGUAAUUUUGGAGCAGGCCCUAGGGGGUAAAUAUUUGAUCGAAAAUACAAAACUAAAACAAAUCAUAAAGCAAAAUCGAACUACUAAUGACCCUUCGCAGUCUUUAGUUUCUCCACAAACGCCUAUUAAUGGUCACUCUGGUGAGGAUGACAACACUGACUCUGUGAAUCUAGAGCAGAUACAAAAUCCCGCUUCUCAAGAUCAAGAAUCGAUACAAAAAGGAUCUUUCUCUUCUGAUAAUCCUACAACUGAGGUACAAAGUGCUGUUUCUUCUGAAAUAGUUGGAGCUAGUACAAUGAAAGCCCUAUAUCUGAUAAAAAAAUUACUGGCCGUGCCUGCUUCGCUGAAAAUAUGCUAG